UUCAAAAAAAGUAUAAACGCCAGUUGUCAAGUUGGCUCAUCAUUCAUCUGUCACAAAUUUGAGGUUAAGUUUGUUUACAUUCGUAUUGUAGCAAUUUUGUACUUAUUUUAUUUUGUAAAUUGUUUAUUUUAUCAUAUAUCAAUAAACAUAGUUCCUACAUAAUUAUGCUAUAUUAAAAGGAAUAUUACGAGUUGUUAAGAGAGUGUUAUUUAUAAGUAUCUGUAUUAUGAAUGAAACAUUUUGUGAUGCGUUUUUAACCCUCAAUGAAGAAUCAAAAGCCCUGUAUUUAUCAAGCGGUAUCAACGAGGUUGAAUCACUUACUUCCUUGCAGUUCCAAAGAGACUAUGUUUCAAAAAAUAUACCCGUUAUAAUAAGAGGUGGCUGCUCACUUUGGCCAGCGACACAAAAAUGGAAUCAAAAAUAUUUUAGGGAACAUUUUUUAUCCAAAAUAGUUACAGUUGCAAUUACUCCUAAUGGCCUAGCGGAUGGAAUAACCAAAGAUGAUGAUGAUGUUGAAUAUUUUGUGAUGCCUCAGGAAGUAGAUAUGACUAUGUCGGAAUUUCUAGAUGCACUAAAUGAGAAGAGGCAAGAUUUGAUCCCAUACAUACAGCGGCAGAACUCAAACCUGACAGAAGAUUUUAAAGAGUUAAUGUCUGAUGUUGAUCCGGAUGUCAAAUUUGCCAGCGAAGCCUUUGACAAAAAGCCAGAUGCCAUUAAUUUUUGGAUGGGGGACGAGAGAGCAGUUACUUCGAUGCACAAAGAUCCAUAUGAAAAUAUUUACUGUGUUAUUGAUGGGUACAAGGAAUUCACACUAAUACCACCCACGGACCUUCCCUUUGUGCCCUAUAAACGGUAUCCACAAGCAGAAUUCAGAAGAGACAAUGAGAAAUGGAGUAUAGUUCCUAUUAAACAACUUGAAACAUCAAGCUUUGAUGCAAGUGGAGAACUGCCAUGGAUAUGCAUAGAUCCCCUUAAUCCGGAUCUAAAUAAAUAUCCAGAAUUUGAAAAAGCGCAUAAAUUCAAAGUGCGCGUUAAUAAAGGAGAUUGUCUAUACCUGCCUAGUCUGUGGUUCCACCGUGUCUCUCAGAGCCACGGCUGCAUAGCCGUGAACUACUGGUAUGAUAUGGAGUUUGAUAUUAAGUAUUGUUACUUUAAAAUGUUGGAGACAAUGUGUAAGAAAUAUUAAUAAACUCUA